AUUGAGCAAACUCUUUUAUCUACAUUUCCUGUUCGAGCUUUUGACCAACAAUUCGAUAACCACGUGUGGACAACUUUUCAAGGCUAUAAAUUCACUUCAUUGUAGAUAAUAAUCCAAUCAUGUGGCUAUUAAUUGUUCUCGGAGCACUUUUCACUGCUCCUGUCUUUUCUGAAGAUAAAUGUGAUGUUUCUAAAUAUGUGGAAUGCAUGGAACCCAUUCAUAAUGCUACCUUUGGACAUCCAAAGGGUAUUUAUCAAGAUUCCAAUGAUCUGGCAACAAGCUGCCCAAUAAUUAAAGAUGGACUUGCAUGUGUACAAAAAUAUGCAGAUGAAUGCGGAACUGAAAUGAUUGCAGAAGACUACAAUGAUCAAAUAAAGAGACCAGCAGAUUUCCUCGCCAAGAUUUGUGAUCCCACAUCUCCUAUCAGAAGAGAGUAUUUGAAGGCAUCGCCCUGCUUACUAGAACAUGCCGAAGAUUUCGAAAUAUGCUCCACUAAAGUUCAAGAAUUUCUCGCUGAAUUUGCAGCUGAUACUAGCGACAAAGAACAUACGCUGACAUGCAUUUUUGAGAUGAUGUUGAGAGCAUGCCUCAUGAGCACAGGAGUUGAAAAGUGUGGAAUGCAAACAGCGACAUUCGUUCGAAAAGCUUUGCUCUAUUCACCAUCCACAGGACUCAAGACUUGUAACAACGAAGAAUGAGCAUUUGUCAUUCCCAUUCCUUUUGUACCUGUUUAUCAAUAAAAUGUUUCCAUUACUA